UUCCUGUGCAGCAGCGCCGAGCUCACACGCGCUCCAAUCAUGGCGCUGUACAACUUUAAGAAGAUUAUGGUGGUGCCCACCGCUAAGGACUUCAUUGACCUGACGCUGUCCAAAACACAGCGCAAGACCCCGACGGUGGUUCAUAAGCACUACCAGAUCCAUCGCAUUCGCCAUUUCUACAUGCGCAAAGUCAAAUUCACCCAACAGAACUACCACGAUCGACUCGCGCAGAUCCUCACCGACUUCCCUAAGCUGGAUGACAUCCACCCGUUCUAUGCAGAUCUGAUGAAUGUGUUGUACGAUAAGGAUCAUUACAAACUGGCUCUGGGUCAGAUCAAUAUCGCCAAGAACCUGAUUAAUAAUGUGGCAAAAGACUACGUGCGUCUGAUGAAGUACGGCGACUCGCUGUAUCGCUGCAAGCAACUGAAGAGAGCAGCGCUUGGACGGAUGUGCACCAUCCUGAAGAGACAGAAGCAGAGUCUGGAGUACCUGGAGCAAGUUCGUCAGCAUCUGUCUCGAUUGCCUACUAUCGAUCCCAACACCAGGACUCUGCUGCUCUGUGGGUACCCCAAUGUCGGCAAGUCUAGCUUCAUCAACAAGGUCACCCGUGCAGAUGUCGAGGUGCAGCCGUAUGCCUUCACCACUAAAUCUCUGUUUGUGGGUCACAUGGAUUAUAAGUACCUGCGCUGGCAGGUAGUGGACACCCCCGGUAUCCUGGACCAUCCGUUAGAAGAGAGGAACACAAUCGAGAUGCAGGCCAUCACCGCUUUGGCCCACCUUAGAGCCGCUGUGCUUUAUGUAAUGGACCUGUCUGAGCAGUGCGGACACACGCUUUCCCAACAACUCGAACUGUUCAACAACAUCAGACCCCUGUUUGCUAAUAAGCCUCUGAUUGUGGUGGCCAAUAAAUGCGACGUGAAGACGAUCAAGGAGCUGUCUGAGGAAAAUCAGAAAAUGUUUGCAGAUUUUAUUGAAGAGGGAAUCCUCGUGAUUGAGACCAGCACUCUGACAGAGGAGGGUGUCAUGCAAGUCAAAACUGAGGCGUGCGAUAAGCUGCUGGUCCAUCGUGUGGACACAAAGAUGAAGGGGAAGAAAGUACACGACGUCCUGAACAGGCUCCACCUUGCCAUGCCAGCCAAGAGAGAUGAAAAGGAAAGACCACCGUUCAUCCCUGAGGGGGCUGUUAUUCGCAGAAAGGCGAUGGAGAUUGACGCUCCCAAACGAAAGCUGGAGAGAGACCUAGAGGUUGCGCUUGGAGAUGAUUACACGCUGGACCUACAGAAAUACUGGGACUUGAUGAACACUGAUGAGAAGAAUGAUAAGAUUCCUGAGAUCUGGGAGGGACACAACAUUGCAGAUUAUAUUGAUCCAGAGAUCAUGAAGAAAUUAUCUGAUCUGGAGAAGGAGGAAGAGCUCCGUGAACAGGCAGGCGAGUACGACUCCGAUGAGGAGAGCGAAGACGAGGAGAUGCAGGAAAUCCGUCAGCUGGCCAAGCAGAUCCGAGAGAAGAGAAAGAUGAAGAUUCUGCAGUCCAAGGAGAAGGAUAUACACGGACCUAGAUUGCCUCGGACUGCCAAAAAGGUGGAAAGAGCAACAUUAGAAAAGGACAUGGAAGAACUUGGUUUGGACAUGAAAGACAAAGACGAUAGUCACUAUGCCCAGCAGGCUCGCCGGUCACGUUCACUGGUCAGGAAACGAAAGAGGGAAGCGUCCGCACCACCCACUUCACGUACCCGCAGUCAGAGUGCAUCGAAACCACCACGCGACCAGUCAGGAGUCAGAGAUCCCAAGAUGAUGAAGAAGGUAAAGACAAUGAUGAAAAGCUCUCAGAAGGAAUGGAACAGGCAGGGCAAGAAGGGCGAGUCCGACAGACACGUAUUCGACCUCAAACCCAAACACUUGCUGGCUGGAAAGAGGAAAUCUGGCAGCACCAGUCGCAGAUAAAUUCACAAACUCGACCGCCUGCCAACUCUCACACACACACACACCCUCAUUUCUAAACUUAAUAAUGUUUUCAGUUGUCCAUUAUGCACGGUCAUCCUCUCUAGAUACCAUAACAAGUUUGUUAAUUAUGUACAGACUGAAGGUUUUGGUGUUUUUUAAGGGGAGGAUAAUUUACACAAUGUUAACUGAUGCAUUAUCUGAACAUAUUCAGUCUUAAACUGUCCAACAAGUAAGUGGAUUUGAUUUGGCUGAAACAGAACUGGAGUUAAGAUUAAACGACCCUGUUAAGAUGGAAAUGAAAUAAACCUCUAUGAACUGUUAA